AUGUCUGAUACACAGGCGAGGGGCCAGCAGGCCAUGUUAGAUUCCAGACGUCCGUUCUUCUACCCAGAUAGCAGUAGUGAUACAGAGGAGUAUAGAAGGGACAGCGAAGAGCGUCGCAAGAGAUUAUCUAGACGCAACAUUUCCAACGUACGUAGACCAAAUAUGAUGUCGAAAACUCAGUCUCCUAAUGCACCUAUACCAUCCACUUCCAGUCAAGAACCGAAGACAGACAAGAAGAAUCUCAUCGGUGAAGACAGAAUAACUUUAGUAGUUGAUAAUACUAGAUUUGUUGUUGAUCCUGCUCAAUUCACUGCACAUCCAAAUACAAUGCUUGGAAGAAUGUUUAGUUCAGGCAUAGACUUCACACAUACCAAUGAGCGUGGAGAAUAUGAAGUGGCUGAGGGCAUCUCGGCCACAGUAUUCAGAGCAAUUCUAGAGUACUAUAGAGGUGGCACUAUCCGCUGCCCUCCAACGGUCUCUGUGCAAGAGCUAAGGGAGGCUUGUGAUUAUCUCCUGGUGCCUUUUGAUGCCAAUACUGUGAGGUGUCAGAAUCUCAGAGGCCUUCUUCAUGAACUAUCAAAUGAAGGAGCUCGCCGUCAAUUUGAGACAUUCCUGGAGCGUCUUAUUCUACCACUGAUGGUGGAAUCUGCUCAGCGUGGUGACAGAGAGUGCCAUGUAGUAGUGCUAUUGGAUGAUGACUCCGUGGAAUGGGAUGAGGAGUAUCCUCCCCAAAUGGGAGAUGAGUACAGUCAGACAGUACUUUCCACUCCAUUGUACCGAUUCUUUAAGUAUAUUGAAAAUAGAGACGUCGCGAAACAAGUAAUGAAAGAGCGCGGUCUUAAGAAAAUCCGUUUAGGCGUCGAAGGCUACCCUACAUACAAGGAGAAAGUCCGCAAAAGGCCCGGAGGCCGCGCUGAAGUGAUAUACAACUAUGUGCAGCGGCCCUUUAUUCACAUGUCCUGGGAGAAGGAGGAAGCUAAAAGCCGACAUGUGGACUUUCAAUGUUUUAAAUCGAAAUCCGUCACUAAUUUGGCUGAAGCUACUGCAGAUCCUGUUACCGAAUUGGAGCCGGUGAGGGCCCGUGAAGAGGUGGAGGCACCAGAGAACCCCGAAGAGCAGCCGGAGGAGCAGUGA